GAGAGCGCGCUGCUACUACAACCAGUCCCAUUUCGACAUUUCUCCUUCUCUCUGAGAUUCAGAGCAUCUCUCUCUACAUUUAUACAUCAAUUUGAACCCUCUCUCUCUAUUUAAUGUCAUUUUCUCUCCUGCUCUCCCUAUAUUUGUCUCUCUGCUCUCUCUAUACAAUUUUUUUCACGACUCCCUGUGCAACCCUUCUCAGUCGGUCUCCUGUGGCGAAUUAGGGCUCGUUGUAUUAUUCUUUUCGAAUUAAAUUUGGGCUCGUUGUAUCCCCUUUCAUGGCGCUCUCCAUGUCUCUCAGCCCCGCUGCUCAAACCAAGGCCUUCUCGAUAAGAACUCAACUUCAAUUUAGUUCCUCUCCCCGGACAUGCAGCCGUCAAAAUUCAGGUUUCGGAUCGCUUAGCUUUAAAUCAAUUGGGAACAAGGGUUUUCGCCCUCUAAGAGCCUCGACCAUGACUAAAGUGAGGUCAGCUAAUGAUCAAAUCAAGGACAUUAAUUCAGUUAAUCCGAUCAUCGUGAUUGAUAACUAUGACAGUUUCACUUAUAACCUUUGCCAGUACUUGGGUGAACUUGGUGCUGCCUUCGAGGUGUACCGAAAUGAUGAGCUCACAGUAGCUGAAAUCAGAAGGAGAAGGCCUAGAGGAAUACUUAUUUCGCCUGGACCUGGUACUCCACAGGAUUCAGGGAUAUCACUUCAAAGUGUGCUUGAGCUAGGGCCAGAGCUUCCUCUGUUUGGGGUGUGUAUGGGCCUGCAAUGUAUUGGGGAGGCCUAUGGAGGAAAGAUUGUACGCUCUCCAUAUGGUGUCAUGCAUGGAAAGAGUUCUCUAGUUUAUUAUGAUGAAAAAGGAGAAGCCGGUUUGCUUUCAGGUUUGCCAAAUCCCUUCACUGCUGCCAGAUACCACAGCCUUGUUAUAGAACAUGACAGCUUUCCAAGAGACAAACUUGAGAUUAUAGCAUGGACUGAAGACGGGCUGAUUAUGGCUGUGCGCCACAAAGAAUACAAAAAUAUGCAGGGUGUUCAGUUCCAUCCAGAGAGCAUAAUAACCAACGAAGGCAAAAGGAUUGUCCGCAAUUUUAUCAGCCUUAUUGAACAGGCAGAGGCUCGAUUACAAAGUGGGAUUAUGGGAGCUUAGAAUUUUGAAGAGAAAUACAGAAUUUUCUUUGUUGCUCUCUCUCUCUUAGGGAGGGAUGUUUCUCUAUGUUAUAAGAAGUUGUAGACAUCAGUUGAUCCUCUCAUUUGCUUGUUUGUAAUUUUAAUUAUAAAAAGAAAAGGUUUUUGACGAUUA